GUUGAUCAAUUGGUUUGCGGAAAUAUUGCAGCUUUCAAAGCUACCUUGUAGCGUUGUGCUUUAAACGGAGCGCUACUUGAUUUAUUUUCCUCCAACACAAUAUACUACAUUACAUUAGCUUGCAGUCUUUAUCAAAACAUGCCAUGUCGUGUUGUCGCAAUUACAGACAUGUCAUUUUGACAGCGUUGCAUAUCUUCCAUAUGUUUUAAACGAGGCGUUUCUCAGUGUGUUCUGGUCUAAAACGUAUCAAAAUAUGUUUUUAUUCAAAAGUAUUAAGUUGUACACAAUGCAAUGUUAUUUUCAGUUGCAGCGGGUUUGGAUGUAGCGUCAACUUUGAUGGGUGUUUAGAGAGUGCCAAGUAAAUGGAAGGCAUCACAAGGUGAGGGGAGCAGUAGGCAGCAGCGGUGGCCGUGCCCGGAAAUCAUUUUUGGUGAUGUAACCCCCAAUACCAACCCUUGAUGCUGAGUGCCAAGCAGGGAGAUCAUGCAUGCAGCCGGGCCUCUAACCUGCACUUUUUACACCCCAGCCCUGCAGCCUGUGUGCUCCCAAUAGUUGGAGGUUCUUCUCCCUUCUCCCUCCAUUUAUUUCCCCACUGCACUCCCAACAAGCCCAGGGUUCCCUAUGUUCACUCUGUUGAGCAUGUUUUACUACAUCUGUCUGCGGCGACGCUCCAGGAGCGGGACUCGCGGCGAGGCGCUGACCAGUCGACGAGCUGUGGAGUCUGGCCAACGGGCGAUAUUGCCAGUCAGCGUGGAGGUGGAGCAGUAUGUCAAGGAGGUUUUGGACUUCAGCUCUCAUUACGGCAGCGAAAACAGCAUGUCAUACACGAUGUGGAACCUGGCCGGUGUACCCAAUGUCUAUCCCAGCUCUGGGGACUUUACACAGACUGCUGUGUUCAGGGCUUAUGGAACAUGGUGGGAACAGUGUGCCAGUGCUCCACCACGUUUACGACGCACCCCUAAAAACUUCUACAGCCAGGAUUAUAUCGAGCUGGGCUUUGAAGAACCAGUUUACCCGACAGCUGUGGAGGUCCUUGAGACUUAUUACCCUGGGGCCGUCGUCCAGAUUCUGGCCUGCUCACAUAACCCCUUCUCCCAGAAUCCACCAACGGAUGUCAGGUGGGAAGUAUUGUGGUCGGGGGAGCCUACCAAGGUACUGACACCUCAGGCACGGCAGUUUUCACCUAACAUCAAACACAUCAGUUUCCCUACCAACCUGCUGCGCCUGGAGGUCAACAGCUCUCUGCUUGAUUACUACACCGAGCUGGACGCUGUCGUCUUACGUGGUGUGAAAGAGAGGCCCAUGCUGGCACUCUACAAGAUGCCUGUCAUCAACAUCAUUGACCUCAGUGAUGGCGAAGAGGACCUGUCUGAUGUUGGAGGUCCAUUUAGACAAUAUGGAAACAGCAAGAUGGGCAAUGGCUUCUUUGACAAACUGCCAUACGAGCUCAUUCAGUUGAUUCUGAGCCACCUCACCUUGCCAGACCUCUGCCGUCUGGCCCAGAGCUGUAAGCUGCUGCACCAGCACUGUUGUGACCCGCUGCAGUACACCCAGCUGAGUCUGCAGCCCUAUUGGGCCAGGCUGAAUGACACCUCCUUGGGACACCUGCAGAGUCGCUGCACACGCCUCCAGAGGCUCAACCUUUCCUGGACCGGCAACCGGGGAGCUCUCACCCUGAAUAGCUUCAGCAGUUUCAUGAAGGUCUGUGGGCUCAGCCUGGUGUCCCUGGAACUGUCUUGCUGCCACUUCCUGACAGAGGCCUGUUUGGAGGUCAUCGCCCAGACUUGUCCAGGGCUACAGGAGGUUAAUCUGGCCUCCUGCGACCGCCUCCACCCGCAGGCCUUCACACACAUUUCUAAACUGACACGCCUCCGCCGGCUGGUGCUUUACCGCACCAAGAUUGAGCAAACUGCUAUUCUUAGCAUCCUGACUUUCUGCAUUGAAUUGAAACACCUCAACCUCGGGAGCUGUGUGAGGAUCGAAGACUAUGAUGUUUUAGCAAGCAUGCUGGCCGCUCGCUGCCGCUCACUCUGUUCACUUGAUCUGUGGCGAUGCAGAAACCUGACCGAUCGAGGCCUCAAUGAGCUCGUCUCUGGCUGCAGAAUGUUAGAAGAGCUGGACCUGGGCUGGUGUCCCACACUGCAGAGCAGCACCGGAUGUUUCCAGCACCUUGCCCGCAGCCUUCCACGCCUACGCAAACUCUUCCUGACUGCCAACCGCUCAGUCUGUGACUCAGACAUAGAGGAGUUUGCCACCAGCUGCCCUUUGCUACAGCAUCUUGAUAUACUGGGCACAAGGCUGGUGAGCCCUGCCUCAUUGAAGAAACUCCUCCAGUCCUGUCCACGGCUUCUCCUGCUGGAUGUUUCCUUCUGCUCCCAGAUAGACACUCGGGUCAUGCAAGAACUCUCCGGCCUCUUCCCCAAUGUCGCCAUCAAGAGGAGUUUCACACACUGACCCCAGUAGGGUCUUUAGUUCUGGCUGUGGGGAGGAAGACCGAGGCACAGCAGACGAAGGAAAGACACUUCUUUACCCCAAGAUCUGCUGUUAGGGCUCAAUAAGUGAGUGAUCUGGAUUGGCACGGAAACCGACCACAGACUCGCACCCGGUGAGUUACAAAAUGUGAGACUUAAUUUAUGAUUUUUGGACUCUUUGAAACCAGGGGCUACUGCAGUGAAGCAACUGCACCACUUAUGGAAAGGCCAUGGCUGGGAAAUAUGAGUUAUUUAUGGAAAUAUGCUUUACUGAUAGGACAUCACAAAGUAGAAAAAAAAGCGCAACACGGUAUAGUUUUUCAGCAAGGAUCAGGUGCAUCUUUGUGCCUUUAGACUUUUAUUACCAUGUACGGUCAUCAAACAUGCAUUUAAUAUUUUGCCUGCUGGCCAUUUUGUUUUACUGGUGCUGUCAUGUCCUCCUGAAAGCCAGCGUCCUCUGCAUUGGACAUUUCAGAUUGACAUAAUUAGGGUUUUCCCCCCCAGAACUCUGAAAAAAGAAAUGAACCAAAAACAAAAGUCCACUGCAGUGGACACUGGUUCUCAGGAGGAGAACAGUCAAACUCAUUUUGAGUUUGAGUUAACCAUUUUAGUAUUACUUCCAUUGUUUGCAAUAUUAUUAUUAAACAUUUCACGAGUUGCAUAGUAAUAUCCAAAAUAAUCCAGCCAAUGCAAAGUUGCUCAUUUAUUUCUAAAAAUGAGUCAUGCUUGAAAGCAAAUAAUUGGUGUUACCAGUGAAUCCUGUCUCCAAUAAAUGCACCACUAUAGCACACAUUUGGAGUAUUUUAUAUUUUAUCCAAAUCAUUUGUUUUCACAAAAUGAACACCGAGGCAUCAAUAGUUGCACCUUUAUUGUGACUGUCAAUAUGGUAGACGUCUUCAAGUAAACAACGCAUUCACCUGCUCAUCGGAAGGACGCCAACAAUCAAGUAGUCUAACUUCACAUGUACAGUUUCAGUCAGACGUUUACAUCUAGUCAUGAUCUAAAUAUAUUAAACUGGCACAACAGGUUACUACAAAAUAAACAGGAUGUUUUUGUGCCUUCUAUUCUUGCUUGAAGUGUGUGAGACAUCUUGUGUUUGAUGGUAGACGUGCGCACCUGAACCAAAGUGAUGUGAAGAUGCUGUUUGUCACAAGCGCACUUGACUGGUUUAGAUGCCACAUACUGUGUAGCUGUGCCAAAUGUUAUGCAGAAAUAUGUUUUAUAUGUUUGUGUGCUUUUUAUUUUGAUGUAAAUACUGUAUAUCCAUUACUAUCUGCUGAAAGACUUAAUUUGGGGGAAAUAGAGGACUUGUUAAAAAUUGCCCCAAAGAAUGACUACCUACACUUCUGGCCCCAGAUUAUUGUCUUUUUCUUGCUUUGCAAUAUUCUUUUGUGAUUACAGGUUUUAUGGAAAACCACUACAUGGGCUGGGUCUUCUAAAGUCCAUGCAUUAUUUGUUUCCAGUGUCCUAGGCUGAGAUAAUGUUGAUCAAGUUCACACAAGCCAGCAACACAUCUGCUGUAUCUAUUUAUGUUUGAUGUACAAUGUUGCUGCGACAUAAGGAAAACGCAUACAACUAGGAUUAAUGUGAAUUUAAGGUACUCUGUUCUAUUUAUAUUGAACACUGUUCUACUGAUUUACUCAAAUUAUAUGUGGAAUAUUUGAGUUUCAUUUAAAGAUGGAAAAAUACAAAUUUAAUCCAAAUUUUAGUUUAAAAAAAUUAUCCACAUGUUAUUUUUGGGGUCCACAUUGUAAACCCCUGAUAUAGUUUGACCUCUGCAUUUUGUCAAUGACAACCCCUACUCCCAUCCAGGAUGUCAUUUUGUUUUGUCAUUAGUGGAGCGUGUUCGUUGAAGCCACCAUUGCGUGAGAAGAUUGUGUGCCUCUGCGUCCAUGAAACUGGGUGCUUCACUUUAACCACAUUUGAAAUAAAAUCCUUGUGUGUGA